AUGGCUAAGGAAGACAAGAAAAAAUACAAAAAGCAAAAGCUUAUGGAUUCAGAAGCCGAGAAGAUGGCUGAGGCUGCUGAAGAAUCCUUGAAAAUCCAUCCACACCCCUCCACUCCCGACAGAAUGGAUUUCCAUGAUGGUGGAGAAUUCAACCUCACCCAGAGAAAUAAAACUACUGCCUCAUUGGCACAAGGCUUGGAAUCCGGCCAGAUCAACCCAUUCACAGGUUCUGAAUUCUCUCAGAAAUACUUUGACAUCUUGAAAGUCCGUAGAGACUUGCCUGUUCAUGCCCAGAGAGAUGAGUUCUUGAAGAUUUUCCAGUCCACCCAAAUCAUGGUGUUUGUUGGUGAAACCGGUUCGGGAAAGACCACGCAGAUUCCUCAGUUCGUACUCUACGACGACAUGCCUCAUUUGCAUGGAAAUAUGGUCGCAUGUACUCAGCCUAGAAGAGUGGCAGCCAUGUCUGUGGCCAAGAGAGUUGCAGAUGAAAUGGAUGUCGAAUUGGGCCAGGAAGUGGGUUACUCCAUUCGUUUCGAGAACAAGACUUCGCCAAAAACCAUUUUGAAGUACUUGACCGACGGUAUGUUGUUGCGUGAAGCUAUGGAGGACCACAACUUGUCCAAGUACUCGUGUAUCAUUUUGGAUGAGGCCCACGAAAGAACCUUAUCCACGGAUAUCUUGAUGGGUCUUUUGAAACAGGUUACCACCAGAAGACCUGACUUGAAGCUUAUCAUCAUGUCGGCCACCUUGGAUGCUGAGAAGUUCCAGAAGUACUUCUUGGAAGCUCCUUUGCUUGCUGUGCCUGGAAGAACCCACCCAGUCGAAAUCUACUACACACCUGAGUAUCAAAAGGACUACUUGGAUGCUGCUAUCCGUACGGUAUUACAGAUUCAUGCCACUGAGGACGAGGGUGAUAUCUUGUUGUUUCUCACUGGUGAAGAAGAAAUUGAAGAUGCAUGCAGAAAGAUCCUGUUGGAAGGUGACGAGCUUAUCAGAGAGCAGGAUUGUGGACCUUUGAAGGUCUACCCAUUGUAUGGAUCUUUGCCUCCACACCAGCAACAGAAGAUCUUUGAUCCUGCUCCUGAAAACCACAAGCCCGGAGGAAGACCAGGAAGAAAGAUUAUUGUGUCCACCAACAUUGCCGAAACAUCGUUGACCAUCGAUGGUAUUGUGUAUGUUGUGGAUCCUGGUUUCUCUAAACAAAAAGUGUACAACCCCAGAAUUAGAGUGGAAUCGUUGCUUGUCUCGCCCAUCUCCAAGGCUUCCGCUCAGCAGAGAGCAGGUAGAGCAGGUCGUACACGUCCAGGUAAAUGUUUCCGUCUCUACACUGAGGAAGCAUUCAAGAAGGAGUUGAUUGAACAGCUGUACCCCGAAAUCUUAAGAAGUAACUUGGCCUCGACUGUUCUUGAGCUCAAGAAAUUGGGUGUGGAUGAUUUGGUUCAUUUCGACUUCAUGGACCCUCCGGCCCCAGAAACCAUGAUGCGUGCAUUGGAGGAAUUGAACUACUUACAAUGUCUUUCUGAUGAGGGAGACUUGACUGCGUUGGGUCGUUUGGCUUCUGCAUUCCCAUUGGACCCCAUGCUUGCUGUAAUGUUGAUUGGAUCUCCAGCAUUCAAGUGUUCGGAGGAAAUCUUGUCGAUUGUUGCACUCUUAUCUGUUCCGAACGUUUUCGUUCGUCCUGGUUCUGCCAAAAAGAGAGCAGAUGAAAUGAAGAUGAUGUUUGCACACCCUGAUGGAGAUCACUUGACGUUACUCAAUGUGUUUGAGGCGUUCAACUCCGAUGAUGCAUACAACGUUGGCUUACACCAGUGGUGUAGAGACAACUUCUUAUCAUACCGUUCUCUCACAUCUGCGCAAAGUGUGAGAUCUCAGUUAAGAAGAAUUAUGGAGAGAAACGACUUGGAGUUGAACUCCACAAACUUUGAAAAUCCAUCUUACUGGGACAAUAUCAGAAAGGCAUUGACGGCGGGCUUCUUCAUGCAAGUCGCUAAGAAAAAGAGCGGAAGCAAGGGAUUCUUGACCAUUAAGGACAACCAGGAUGUUUUGAUCCAUCCGCUGACGGUGUUGGCCAAAGAGAACGAGUGGGUAAUUUACAACGAGUUUGUUCUCACGCUGAAAAACUAUAUCCGUACGGUGACCAAUAUUCGUCCGGAAUGGUUAAUUGAGUUGGCACCCAAAUACUACAAUUUGGAGCAUUUCAGCAAGGGCGACGUCCGUCUUUCGUUGGAGAGGGUGAUUGGCCGCGUGGAAACGAUGAACCGGGUGAGAAAGUAG